ACUGGGACGGCGCCGUACCACCGCUCCGUCGCAAAGUUCGCAGAUCACGCUCUGCUCACGCGCGAUUUCCUUUGAUCGCCCUCCCCUCCCUCCCCUCCCUCUCUCGGAUUCUCUGGCGGCGUCGAGCGGCGCGUCUGGAGAGGUGGACACCGCCGCCCCCGCCACGUCCGCUGCUGCAGCGCGCACGUACUCCUUCCCUAGCCAGGAAGACUCGUAUCCUGGUCGGACCUACUCCCUCGACUCCUGUGCGCAUCGCCGGGCGUCCCUCGUCUUCCUCGGCGAGAAGCAGCCCGUGCAGCCACGAAGCAAGCCGGUGCGCCUUCCUCCCUCAUAGAAUCUGCUAGUACCCGCAUCCACCUCGUCUGCCCAGGAAUGGAGGGGGAAUGUCUGCAGUGACGGACUGAGGGGGAACCCAGGGCCCAGGCGAACUCACCGCGCAAAACCAAUCGCCGAGAUGGCGAGGGCGAGGGGCAGGUUGGUGCUGCUGCUCCUCCUCGCCCUCACGGUGCUUUCCCCGCUCGCGCUCUACACUAGCCGCCUCCCCGCGGCGCUUAGCCCCAUCCAAACGCAGGAUUUUCCUGGAGAAAUCACGAAUCAGGGCCGUGGCGGCAAGGCAGACAAGCUGAAUGCACUCCCUCUGGAAACCGUGAGCUCUUUGAAAGAACCUGUCGGCAUUGUCUUCUCAGAGGAGCUGACUGAAUCUAAGAGCCAAGAUUUGCCGUUGACGAAAGUAGGGGAGCACAAGAGCCGCAUGCUCUCUGAAGUCACGGUUGCUGCUGAUGGCACCACAUUGAAAGCUGAUGAAGUGAUCGAGCAAGUGACGACGCUGGAACCACAGGAUGGUAGCUUGGUGAAGGGAGCAGGCAUAUCAGAUGAGCAGGAGAAAAAUAUUGGAUCACAGCAGCAAUCUUCUUCUGAGGAAAGUUCACAGGACACUAUGCUUAAACAGACACCUGAAAAGGUUAUUGUGGAGAACUCCCAAUCAGCUAAAACAGAUGGUAAAACUAAAAUCACUGUUUUACCUGAUGUGCGGAUCCGAAAUAUCAAGGAUCAGUUGAUCAAGGCAAAGGUCUACCUUGGUCUUGGAUCCAUUAGAGCGAAUUCCCAGUAUCUUAAAGACCUACGGCAGAGGAUACGAGAAGUUCAAAAGGUGCUUGGUGAUGCAUCCAAGGACUCUGAUCUACUGAAGAAUGCAAAUGAGAAGGUUAAAGCACUGGAGCAGAUGCUGAUUAAGGGAAAACAGAUGCAGGAUGAUUGUUCUAUUGUUGUCAAAAAGCUUCGAGCUAUGCUUCAUUCAGCAGAGGAGCAGCUGCAUGCACACAAAAAACAGACUGUUUUUCUGACACAACUUGCAGCUAAAACCCUUCCUAAAGGUCUUCACUGCCUCCCCCUGAGACUAGCUAACGAAUACUUUUCAUUGGAUCCUGUUCGGCAGCAGUUCCCAAACCAACAAAAACUCAUUAACCCAAAACUGUAUCAUUAUGCCUUGUUCUCGGAUAAUAUACUAGCAACAGCGGUGGUUGUUAAUUCGACAGUGUUAAAUGCUAAGCAUCCUUCUGAUCAUGUUUUCCACAUAGUAACCGACAAACUGAAUUAUGCUCCAAUGAGAAUGUGGUUCCUCUCUAAUCCUCCGGGGAAAGCAACAAUUGAAGUACAGCAUAUUGGGGAGUUCACAUGGCUAAAUGACAGCUACAGUCCAGUACUCAAACAACUUGGGUCCCCGUCCAUGAUUGAUUACUACUUUGGAACGAAUCGUGCAAACUCAGAUUCAAACUUGAAAUAUCGAAACCCGAAGUACCUGUCAAUCCUUAAUCAUCUGCGUUUUUACCUACCUGAGAUUUAUCCGAAGCUUGACAAGAUGGUCUUUCUUGAUGAUGACAUAGUAGUAAAGAAGGAUCUGACUGGCCUUUGGUCAAUCAAUAUGAAGGGGAAGGUAAAUGGUGCUGUUGAGACAUGUGGAGAGAGUUUCCAUCGCUAUGAUCGAUACCUGAAUUUUUCAAAUCCUAUUAUUGCCAAGAGUUUUGACCCGCAUGCUUGUGGUUGGGCUUUUGGAAUGAAUGUGUUUGAUCUGGCUGAAUGGAGGCGGCAGAACAUAACACAAAUCUAUCACUCGUGGCAGAAGCUUAAUGAAGAUAGAUCACUCUGGAAACUUGGUACUCUCCCUCCGGGUUUGAUCACAUUCUGGAACAAGACAUUUCCCCUCAGCCGAUCAUGGCAUGUUCUUGGUCUAGGUUACAAUCCUCAUGUAAACAGCAGGGACAUUGAGCGUGCCGCGGUCAUACAUUACAAUGGCAACAUGAAGCCCUGGCUAGAGAUUGGCCUGCCCAAGUACCGGAGCUACUGGUCCAAGUAUCUGGAUUAUGACCAAUCUUUCCUGCGGGAAUGCAACAUUAAUCCAUGAAGGAACCUGGUCCUUCUAAUCCCUUCUGACAUAACCAAUAGCUUGUUUUCUGUCGAUGUGCCCUUUAGUGUAGUCAGCAUAGUAUUCAAUUUGAUUCUUGCUUUAUAUUUCAGUUGUUAACAUGAUCUCUUAUUGCCUGUGCUUCUUGUUGGACCCCUUUGCAUAAUUGCAGAUAUAGCUGUAAUGUUUUUAGAGUAGAUGCUUUGGAGCAUGGAAAAAUUUAGAUAGUGCAAAUGCUCUUAGGUGAUAUCGCCUUUUUGUACUGAAUGUUUGCUGCAAACUUGGUGAUCUGAAAUUUGGAAGUAGACUUACCCAACAAUUUAAUAGGCAUUCAACUGGUUACCAUAUUAUAUUGCA